AUGCCCGACCUGGUGGCCAAAAAGGUGGGUGGCAAAGUGCUGAUGGUCUCUUCUCUGGAUGAAAACCAUCCAGGGGACAACAUGAUCGAUGGCAGGGAGGACAGCUACUGGAUUUCCACUGGCCUCUAUCCCCAGGAGAUCUUGUUGCAACUCAGUCAGAGGUCUCAAGUGUCCAACGUGAAGAUUUCUGCGACCAAUGUGAGAGGCAUUAGAAUAGAAGGCUGUGCCGAGGAGGACCCCGUGAACUUCCAUCCCUUGGCCGAGGACGCCUUGGAAGAAGUGCCACAGCGCUUGCAGGAUCUGCGGCCCCUGCUAGAGCAGACCGAGUUAAAGAUGUCCAUAGUGCUUCAAGACCAUUCAGCCAUCGUGGCAGAUGUCGCAUGUCGGGCGUCAAAUCCUCAGACUAUGCUGAACGCCCGACCCAGCGAUGGAAGGACCGAAGAUCGAGGUCUUCAGGUUAUUCCCGGCGCACCACCCAGGGUGUCAACGGUUCAAGUCCCUCGGCAGAGCCCAUCUGCAGAGGAGGUGCUUCUCCGGGUGCAGGCAGGACAUGAGAAACAGAGGGCUGUGAAGGAUAUGGCUGGGUCGGAAGCACCCCCCUAA